UCACUCUCUCUGUAUGUGUGUGUGUGUGUGUGAGCUCCGGUAGUUUCUCUCUUCUCCACUCGUGUUAUCGUCACAGGAGCUUCUGAACCUCCGCGCUGCUCCAACUCAUGCGUCCGUGCGCUUCUCCCACAGACCGUCGCCGGUCACAGCGCGUCUGCUGCCGCCGGGAAAAGUUUGUGAUAGCUGCCUCGUUGGAGUGACAGCCCGCCUGGACUCUGUGUGUGGAGACUUUUUUUUCGUUUGUUCUGUUGUUGUUGUUGUUGUUUUUUAAAUCACUCCUCCACGGUGAUCUUCCCUGACCCGUGUCUCCAUCCCCCACGUGCGCAUGCAGUGUUUGGUCUUACGGCUUUAAUAGUCGCACCGUGACCGGAGCUGAGAUCCAACACCACCACCACCACCAUCAUCAUCACCAUGAGAGGCUGCUGGAGGCGGCGGAGGAACUUUGCCUUCUUCCUCCUCGCUGUCUCCUCCUGGUGCCUGUCCACGGCCACGGCCACGGAAAACGCCGACAACACGGUUUCCAGCAUACGAGAAGUUGGACCAGAGGAGGCCAAACAGCAGGCGGGAACCAACCAACCACAACGCCAUGAGACCACUGUCCCUCUGCUGCUGAAGGGCAAGGAGCUAAGACCUCUGAACCAGCUCAAAGCCGGGAGUUAUCCUGCGUCACUCCAGCUGCUGGUACGUGCAGAAGGUGAACAGCUGAUCUUGUUGCUGGAGAAAAACGAGGGUCUCUUUGCGAGCCAUUACACCGAGACACAUUACCAGGAGGAUGGAAGUGCAGUCACUGGUGCUCACAACUUCACGAAUAACUGCUACUACCAUGGAGAGGUGCAAGCACAUCCAAACUCUGACGUCACCCUCAGCGCCUGCUCAGGCCUUCGAGGCUUCAUCGCGCUUGAGAAUAAGACGUUCAUCAUGGAGCCAGAGUCUGGUCGAGACGCCGGGUCCCACUUCAUCUACCGAGUGGAAGAACUGCGACUGACCCCAGGAGCCUGCGGCCACGGCUUCAACGUGUCGUCCGUCGCUCCUGAAGACCACAUCACAAGCCCCUUCCAGUCCUUCCACACGAGGCAUAAACGACACGCUCAGAAGACGACCAAAUACGUCGAGCUGAUCAUUGUUGCGGACAACAGAGAGUUUCAGAAACAGGGGAAGGACGUGGACAAGGUGAAACAGAGACUGGCAGAGAUAGCCAAUUAUGUGGACAAGUUCUACAGAGCCCUGAACAUCCGCGUGGCCCUGGUGGGUCUGGAGGUGUGGAGCGACUCGGACAAAUGUCCCGUCACGCAGGACCCCUUCGCCACGUUGCACGAGUUCCUGGACUGGAGGAAAGUCAAACUUCUGCCUCAGAAGCCUCACGACAACGCUCAGCUCAUCAGCGGGGUUUAUUUCCAGGGCACCACCAUUGGCAUGGCGCCCAUUAUGAGCAUGUGCACAGUUGAGCAGUCUGGAGGCAUCGUCAUGGAUCACUCCGAGAACCCACUGGGUGCAGCCGUGACUUUGGCACACGAAUUGGGACACAACUUUGGCAUGAACCACGACACCCCGGAGCGCGGCUGUGGCUGCAGGAUGACGGCGGACCGUGGAGGCUGCAUAAUGACACCCUCCACAGGGUAUCCGUUCCCGACGGUGUUCAGUACGUGCAGCAAGAAGGACCUUGCUGCCAGUCUGGAGAAAGGCGUGGGCAUGUGUUUGUACAACAUGCCCGAGGUCAAGGUUCUCUACGGCGGACAGAAGUGCGGCAACGGCUACGUGGAGGAGGGAGAGGAGUGCGACUGCGGGGAGCCCGAGGAAUGUAUGAACCCAUGCUGCAACGCCACCACAUGCACUCUGAAGGGAGAUGCUGUGUGUGCCCACGGACAAUGUUGUGAAGACUGCAAGCUAAAGCCAGCUGGCACCCUGUGUCGAGAGUCGAGCAACUCGUGCGACCUGCCCGAGUUCUGCACGGGCUCCAACCCUCACUGUCCGGCCAACGUGUAUCUGCACGACGGCCACGCCUGCCACAACGUGGACGGAUACUGCUACAAUGGCAUCUGCCAGACUCACGAGCAGCAGUGCAUCACUCUGUGGGGACCAGGUGCCAAACCUGCCCCCGGGAUCUGCUUCGAGCGAGUCAACUCCGCAGGCGAUCCUUACGGGAACUGUGGGAAGGACUCCAAAGGUUCCUUUGCCAAGUGCGAUGCCAGGGACGCCAAGUGCGGCAAAAUUCAGUGCCAGGGAGGAGCCAACCGACCGGUGAUCGGGACAAAUGCCGUUUCCAUAGAAACCAACAUUCCGCUUCAGGAGGGAGGGCGUAUCCUGUGUCGAGGGACGCACGUCUACCUGGGCGAUGACAUGCCGGACCCUGGACUGGUUCUGGCUGGUACAAAGUGUGGAGAGGGCAUGGUGUGUAUGAACCGCCAGUGUCAGAACGUCAGCGUGUUCGGCGUGCACGAGUGCUCGGGGAAGUGCAGCGGACACGGGGUGUGCAACAACAAGAAGAACUGCCACUGCGAAGCACACUGGGCGCCUCCGUUCUGUGAGAAAGGCGGCUUUGGUGGGAGCAUGGACAGCGGGCCGAUGAGACAAGCAGAUGUGCGUGUGUGCGUAUUAAUGUGCGUGUUGUCAUAUAUGGCAUCAGCGGAUAGCGUGGCCAUCACCGUGGCAACCCUGGUCACCUUGCUCAGCCUCCUUGUGGCCACCGUCAUCGUCGUCCUGAAGAGGAAGACCCUGCUGCGACUCCUCUUCGCCGAUAAGAAGAGCACACUAGAGAAACUCAGAUCUGUGGAGGCCACCAGGCCCACCAGCCCCAUGAGGACCCAGUCCAUGUACAGACCCACGCCUCAGCGUAAACCUCCACCCAAACCCUCUGGAUCCAGCGCUUUUAAACCAUCUCUCCUGAGCACGGAGCCGCUCCUCCCCCAGCACGGCUUCCACUCUCACAGCCUGCGCAGGCUGCCUCUCUACCAGCCGCUGCACAUCAGCCAGCCCAUGCCGGUGUCUCUGAGCGUGGGUCAGCCCACGCUGCCUCCGCUCCCCGCUCACCACAGGCUCCUGCCUGCACACACGGCGCUCUCGCCGCCGCCGCCGCGGGUGCCGCCUUUUCUCAGCCUGCCUCGCCAGCAGCCGUCGUACGGGGUCGACCAGGACUUUGACAAGCCCAGUCCGCCCCAGAAGCCUCUGCCUGCAGACCCGCUCGGGAGGAGCUCUCGGUCGGGUCACGGCACCACAGCGGGGAGGGUUCACAAACUCGCCGCCGGACCCCUCCCCGUCCCCAUCCCCACUGUGCCCAGGCUUCCACCCAAAAUCCCUCUACCCUGCAGACCUGCGCCGGUGUUGCCCUACAGACCACCAAAGACCCGGGACGACUGCUGAGCUCUUGGACGUCGUGGACGUGUAGAUAACCCUACGUACACAUGGAGACGCUCUUUGAUUUGCACUAAAGACUGAGACCGCGUCAGCGUCUGUGGGACAUUUUCAAGCGUCGGCAGAGUUUCUGAUGAAAAAGAGAGGCGGUGCCGCGCCUCUCAAACGGUGCUUUCUUCUCCUCGCUCAGGUACCAAUGAACUAUUUAUCUAUUUAACUAUUUAACUUCAGUAUCACCAGUUUGUGCACAAAGAGUGAGGUUUAGAAGAGAAUGGAAACAUUCUUUGAUGGUUUUUAUACAUUUUUGUUUUGUUUAUUCUCAAAUGAAAUGCCGAUAUAUAUAUAUAUAUAAUGUUUUUAUAUAAAUAUAACCAGUGGAGUUGCUUGAAUGUUUGGUUUUUGGACUUAAAUGAGAAUAAAGGGAGUUCGCGGAGUUCAAGUAAGCAAGUUGUCAGGACAGGUUCUGGCCCACAGAGCUUUUUCAUACAUUUCUGAUAGAUUUAUGGAUUUAUUCAUCAUGUUUUGGGUGCUUUUCUAGCUGCUCUAAUAGUUUUCUAGAUGCAUCAUCUAAAAGCUGGAUUCCAAUACUUUAGACGUUCAGCGAAGCCAACGUUACUAUUAUUACGAGAUCAAUCAAAUCAGCGCUGCCUCUCCUUUAUUUCCUUAUAAGUUCACAUUGGCCGUAAAGUACAAACAGGAAAAGCACACAUCGCGGCGCUGGUUGCGUGUGUUGGCCGUGGUUCUCCUGAUGCUGGCAGACGCUGCAGAGCCUCAUCACGUUGUCGAGCGGCCACUCGUGUGCCAGAGAGUUACGCCGACGCCAAAUAACUCGGCGUCGACUCCAGUGUUUGUGUUCUCUUAAACGUUCAACGCUCACUUUUUUGUCUUUUGAGGCUGCGAGCCAAGGCACAUGACGAGAGCCUUUUUCCAAACUCCAGACCCCGUUUCGCCGCAUCUCUAUCCCUCUUUUCCUUUUGCCGUCGUGACAUCAAGGCGGCGUUCGUUAGCGUCGGAGCUCGCCGUUGCACUUUGAGUUAGGCACUUUUCCCUGUGUGAUGUGUGUUUGUUGUUGAUUUGCUGUCAUACAUGAAGGGAUUCAACUGUUUCUGGAAAAAACAAACAACUUUGUCAGAGUUUUUCUUGUUUUGUUUGUGUGUGAGUAAUUGCCCUCUGUUUAAUGCUGUUUGUUAGUGCUUUGUUAGUGUCAUUUGUAAAUUGUAAAUAUUGUACGUGCGUAAUCAUUUCUCCUCCUUUUACAAGCACAGUAAUAUACGAACUGCUGCAUGGCCGUUCCUCAUUUACACUACAGGCGGUGAGAUUGACGUUUGACCCCGUCACUCGUAGGCCAGACCACGAAUGUUCCGGGAUCAUUUGAACAGAGGGAUUUGAUUGAUUGAUUGAGAUCAGAUCCAAAUAAAACUGCCUUUAUGACUGUUUUACAA